AGCAGCUAUGGAAUAAAUUACUGCGUGACAGGACAAGUACCAGGCUUUAUAGAAACAUGUUAUGGACAAUAUUCUUACUUCUUAAUGGACUGCUGAUAUUAGUUCUCCUUUACUCCACUCGCAGACGACAAAACAAUGAGCCACCUCUGGACAACGGUCUCAUUCCAUGGUUGGGGCACGCUCUUCAGUUUGGAAAAGAUGCUGCCAAGUUUUUGGCCUGGAUGAAAGAAAGACAUGGGGAUAUCUUCACAGUCCGUGUUGCUGGUCAUUAUGUGACAGUGCUGUUGGACCCACACUCUUUCGAUGCCGUGAUGAAUGACACAGUCUCCUUGAGCUUCACCCGCAUCAGAAACCAGCUGAUAAACAGAAUCUUCAGUCUGCAGCUGCCAAGUGUCAAACCCACAGCAGAGAGGAAGUGGAUGGAAGGGCAUUUUCAAGGUGUCAGUCUCUCUGAGCUCAGCAGCUCCAUGAACAUUCACCUUCAGAACAUCCUGUUGAAUGACCAGAACAGCUGCAGCCCUUCACAGUGGAGACAGGAUGGACUCUUCAGCCUUUGUUACAGCCUGCUCUUCAGGGCUGGAUAUCACACAUUGUUUGAGAGUAGAGAUGACGCCACUGCAGUCUACAAAGAGUUCCGCAAGUUUGACGAUCUUCUUGCCAAACUGGCCCGUUGUUCACUUAAGCGCGGGGAAAGCAAAAUAGCCAACUUAUCCCGGGAGCGACUUUGGGACCUGCUGUCCCCCAGCUGGCUGAGCGGAGAGUCGAACUCCUGGCAGCAGAGCUACUACCGCUUCCUGCAGGAGGAAGGAGUAGAUGCAGAAAUGCAGAAAAAAGCUUUACUCUUGCAGCUGUGGACCACACAGUGCAAUGCUGGACCUGCUGCCUUUUGGCUCCUUGGCUUUCUGCUCACUCACACUGAGGCCAUGGAGGCUGUUAAAUCAGAGAUCAGAGGCCUCACUCUCCGGGACACUUCCCUACAGCGUCGCCCCAUCAACCUGCUGAAAGCUCACAGCACACCUGUGCUUGAUAGCGUCCUGAACGAGACCUUACGGCUCACCGCUGCGGUGAUGAUCAACAGAGAGGUGGUGCAGGACAAAAUCCUGCGCAUGGACAAUGGACGGGAAUACCACCUCAGACGAGGGGACAGAGUGUGUUUGUUCCCCUUCCUCAGCCCUCAAAUGGACCCACAGAUACACCCAGAACCACAGAAUUUCAAGUAUGAUCGCUUCCUAAAUGAAGACAUGACAGUGAAGGAUAAAUUCUACAAAGAUGGAAAAAGGCUUAAGUAUUACACCAUGCCCUGGGGUGCAGGGAGAAACAUCUGCGUUGGGAAAGAGUUUGCUGUUUCAGCCAUCAAACAAUUUGUGUUCUUGCUCUUGACCCAUCUUGAUCUGGAGAUGUGUGACCCGGAGGCUAAAUUGCCACCAGUUAAUCCCAGUCGCUAUGGCUUUGGGAUGCUCCAGCCAGACGGAGAUCUGCAGAUCCGAUACAGACUGAAGAGUUCACAGCGAGAACUGUGACAGGCUAAUUUGAUUAAAUGUAAAUAACUGUAGAAUUGUUGAUUGAUAAAGCUUUUUGUAAUAUGAACUGUAGGGCUAUUUAUACUAUAUUUUGUAGUGAGUGCAUCUAUAUAUCAUAUUUAACUUGGUUGUUAAUAUUUUCAAUAAAAAGAAAAAAAACCU